AUGAGCGCCAACAGAAAUUCUAGUUUGGAUCCACCCGAGAAGUUCGACACCGCCCAUAUCGCCCUUUCGUGUACAUUUGUGGUAUUGAUAAUUCUUCUAGCUAUCGUGGGCAACACAUGUGUCAUCCUGGCGUUUAAAAGGUUCCGUCGACUCCGCCGUGUCACAAACUACUUUGUUGUUUCACUGGCCCUGACAGAUAUUCUGGUCGCUGUGAUAUCUAUGCCAGUCUGGGCAGCUUACAUAAUAUCUGGUCCAUCGCUGUUUAUACAAAGGCAGUUGAUACAAAUAUUUUGGACCUCGACAGACAUCAUGGUCAGCGUGGCUUCGAUAUGGCACUUAACGUUUGUUAGUAUCGACCGCUACUUAUGUAUUACGGGACCGCUGUAUUACCAUACACGUAUGACCAGCCAGCGAGCUAUAUUAACGCUUGGGGCCAUAUGGUGCUACUCGAUCAUAGUGGCUUCUUUAUCGCCCACUUUCUGGGAGUCGGAUCUCUACACGUUGAUGAUGGUUGUACUGAAUUAUGCAAUCCCUGUCAUCAUAAUUCUCAUUGCGUACGUGAAUAUCUUCAAAACUGCUCGCUAUCAGGGAAAGCAAAUCGAGUUGACCAUCAAUGGAAAGGCAAGGCGUUUUUCGAUGAGCGCUGAGGUGAAAGCAGCGAAGACGCUAGGAGUGGUGAUUGGCGCGUUCAUUGUUUGCUGGUCUCCUUUUUUCGCGCUUAACUUAAACUACUACAUAUGUCAUUGUCCCCCUCCCCCUUUAGUUGUUUCAGUUACCAAGUGGAUGCAUUUUGGAAAUUCCAUGCUCAAUCCGCUUAUCUAUGGAGUUAUGAAUAAGGAUUUCAGAUUUGCUUUCAAGAGGCUGUUUACAGACCAUUUUAAGAAAUCUUCUGGGUUCAAAGGCCGCAGCAUGGGGACAACUGCAGAUCAAAACAGCCAUGGAAGUAAUGAAGAAGAAGACAAGAUUAAUUUGCAAAGUGACACAGGACUAUAGCUUUAUUUACGUCGUUAUUGUUUUUUAUCGAGUACAACUGUGAUUCUGACCAUCUUCUACAAAAGAUGUACGAUAUUUUUCACUAAUGUUGCCUUCUGGGUUUAGAACACGCUUGGAACCGUUGAGGGGAAUUUCAUUACAAUCCUAUAAGUGUACUUUUGAAGUCUCCUAAUGGAAAAUAUGAUUAGGCCCUUGAAAAAACAGUAGAGUAUGCCAAAGAAGCUUUUUAUGAAACUCGAGGAAAGAACAAGACCUGGUAGCCAUAGCAACGGUUAAGGAUGCAACUUGCAUUAUAAACCGACGUCAUACCUUUCAAUAUACUUUGUAAAUAUUUUCCCUCCUACAACAUGUUAACCAAUCUUAUUUUAGAGCAGUUGCAUUUCAGUAUAAUUAUCAAAUAAUGGGGCAGAGAUAUCAUAAUGUGUUCUCAGUGCUUAAUCGAUGGCAAGUUGAGUUUACUUGAUGUAAUCCUAGGCGUCUAAUAGCCCAUAGAUCUUUGUAGUCACUUAAUAGCAGGAAAAGUCGUUGAUAUCAGUCAGGGAACCCGACGAUUGAGAGAGCUCCACGGAAAUUUCAUUAGAACCAGAACAUUUUGCCUUCCGUUUUGUUUGGCUUUAUGGGUGUAAAACCAUCAAUGUAGUCAUAUUUAGGUAAUGAAAUAAAACUUUGAGCCAUAUCAGCGGUGGGUUAGUUUCAUGCUCCCCUCUUUUUUUAGCUCUCCUAAAUCAAAUCACUGACCGGACUGAAGUUUUUUACAAGUUUUUAAACUGAUAAAACAUUGAUAUUGAUGACGUCAUCUAUUCUGUUCUUUUAAGUAUUUUAUAAGAACCAAUCAAAAUGUUUGCAGUAUUAAUAUCCUUAGCGGUCCUUUUAUUACUUAUGUCUAUCUAAACUUGAAAGGCAAACGUUGAGGUAAUUUUUAUUAUAGCUUCGUUACCAAGCUUACUAGAAAUAUAAUUGAAUUUAACAGGUACACUUACCUCACAGAACUAAAUUUAGAUUUAUCUCGGAAAAGUGAAUAAUUAACUUUUUGCUUUGUGAUGAAUUUGUAAUUUGUAAGUGUAUCUGGAAGUCAAGCGAUUGGAACGUUUUUGUUGAAUUUAUCUGCUACAUGAAAAGAGCACAAGAAUGAAAAAUUUUCAAUAACGACUGUGUGCGCUUAAGGGGUUCGUUGCUUUGUGGUUAAUUUCAGUGCAUGCACGAAUUGACCUUUGUCCCAUUGUCUUCUAGGUUCAUAAAAAGGGACAAUACAUAUCACUACGACAGUAAGGUUCUCGUCCAUUUUAAGUGUGUCUAGCCAAUUGCUUUUCAUUUUUCACCAAAGGAGUUUGCAUGAAUAUUUAGGUUUAAUAAUCCUUCGUUCCUCAUGGACACUCAUGGGCCACUUAGAAACAAGUCAUGUAUUUUAAUGAAAAUAUAACAAUGUUAAAUUGUUUGGACAAAACAGCUUGAGCGAAAUAUCAAUUACCACCAUGAAACGUCAAAGACGAAAAUCAAAAUCAGUUCAGAAGUUUUUUAGUGUUACCUGAGCUGGCUUAUCUAGGACACCAUGCAAGGAGGAAAAGUAGAUUGCCUGGAAAGUUUAACAUGACGUUAAGCCGGACAGACGAAAGGGGAGCCUAAUUAAAUUAAGCGUACACAUCCUCAAGUGGUAAAUCACCGGUAAGUAAUCCAAAAUGACAGCAAAGCUGUAGAUUUUAAUACAUUACACGUCAUUGCACCUAAGAAUUGGCGCUGUCGACAAGAGUAGAAAAUUUAAGUCUUGCACGUAUACGCUGCAUUUUUUUUCUCGAGCAGGAAACGGCUUCGGUGCUCAUACCAGGUUAGUAUGCGAGCCACUGUGUUUGGAGACAUGCAUGUAUCAGAUGGCAAAAAUUUUGAAUCGAACCGAGGUUUUAAUGUCAUGCAAUAACAUUACAUUCAGUUAUUGUCUUUAGAGGCCACAAGUUUAGUUUUUUUAAUCCUAGUCUUCUUAAAGUAAUUUGUUAAUUAAUCUUAUUCAGAUCCACGAAUAUAUAUGGUGUCGAACUGGAGUACAAAUAUAUGAUAACGGCUGAUUUUUAUCUCCGUUUGUUCUGCCCACCCGCAAAAUAUCGUCGGCCAUGAAAGAGCGAAGUAGACUUGCAUGUCCUCUAUGAUUCAUCUCUUCUUCAUUCCGAGUUUCAUAACGAGAGCGCCAUCAAUACUGCAACAAUAGCCUCUGAUUCUCACUGAAUCAGAAUUUAUUUGUUUCAGGACUGAAGCAAGAAUGUUUAUUUGUUUUAAAAUUUCCCCAUAACUCAUCGACUUAACACUCCAUCCAGCCUUUCAAUGACGUCAUCAUCAAUAAGUUUUGUCAGUUAAUCCCUAGUAGCACAGGAAUCAAGAAGAAGAGAUAAAAAAGAGGCCUCAAAUGCUUCCUGAUCCUAUUUAACAGCUCGCACAUUUUUUGACUGAAAAGAAAGUCUUGUGAGGCCUUGAGAUAUCUUUGGUAACUUAUUAUUAUAUUUAUUUGUUCCUUUGUACUUUCCCUUUAAUAACCGUCCUAAUGGUCUUUUAUUUCCUCGAAAGCUGCAAAUCAUUUAACCUCCGGGUUGUCAUUUUGGCUUCUUGUUGUGCAUUAAAAAUGACUUUUUAUUAUACAAAGACUGGGAGAUAUGAAGAUUUAACAAUAUGAGAUUCGCUUUUUUGGUCGUAACAUGAAAAGUUGACCAGAGCCUUUUUAUUGUACGAAGAUUGAGAGAUAUGAAGACUUAACAAUGUGAGAUUCGUUUUUUGAUCGUAACAUGAAAAGUUGACCAAACAUGAACAAUACGUUACGAGACAAUUUGUAUUAUUGUAGUCGUUUCAAAUGUAAAAAAAUUGGCUAGAAAUAAAGUAAACGAAAUUUUAAACCAUAUCUUCCAUUGAUCUCCGAGGAAUUUGAAUCUUUAUUUCUGGUAUUUAUUGGAUUUUGUAACCUUCCAAACUUUCAAUGCUCAUUAGAAUUUCACCUUGUUAUUAAAAAUUCGAUUUUCGAAAUGCAAUCAGGUUGUUAAGAUAUUUCUGACAGUUGAAUGAACAAUUAAAAAAAGAUGAAACAUUUUCCUUUUAAAACCUUGAUGAAAAAUUUCUAAUUUCUUUACGGCUUUUGUCGAUUAGGCCAUUUAUUUUCCAAUUUCAAUGGAAUAUAAAAGAUCAGAGCUAGAUUAGCUAAACUUGUGCAAUGCCUUUGUUCAAAUAAAUAAUUUUCGUUCAGAUGUUGCGUUGCCAUGGCUUUUGUAGUUCAUUAUAUGUAUUUAAAGAAAAUACAUAUAAAAUAUUUGAAUUUUCUCCUUUGAAAACUUGCAGACUGGCUAUUAAAGUGACAAAUUUCCUGUCACACAUGCUGAAUUAAUAUUUUGUUCCUUAAUUACAUCCUCAUAAGUUAUUGAAAAUGUGUUAAACGAAAUGAAUUCCGCUUAUGAGCUCAUGGGUCAGCACUGAACAGCUUGUCGACAUAUGGUAUGAGACAUUGACCAGUUCAUGCUUCGCAACCUUGUAGUUAUCAGGUUAUCAGACCGGUAAGUCAAAAUAACCCGUCAGAUUUGUUUUCCACUCGUUCUAAAAGUUAUAGAGGCAGCACGAGGAUAAUCGGUGGAAUAGUUCCGGCUCUGUGUUAAAAUCACAUGAAAAAAUCAAGUUGGCGAGUAAACACUUUCUUUGAAAUCGUUCCAACGUUUUCUCGUUUUGAUCUUCUUUGCAUGACAAGUCCAGUUUGCCCAAUCUGCUUGCACCACUUUCUUUAAAGUAACAUUUGAAACAAGUAUAGAAAGUACUAUAAAAAAAUAUCACACAUGUCGGACUGAGCAUGAUACAAGUUAAGUGUCUUGUAGCUAAAUAAAAAUACGGCGAAGAAUCCCACGUACCCUGAAUGUCAAUUAAUUGCGAACCAAAAACUUAAAUUCGUUCAACUACAAAAUGUUUUUCUUUAUAACUUUAUUUCAGUUAACAUUGUUCCAGUAUCGAUGACAAAUAGAACAGCUCUAUUCAGGAAUUUCAAGCACAGAUAGAAGUAGAAGAUCAGAAAGGUGAUAUGACUGAGAUGUUUUGAGGAAAAUAUGUAAAAUAGACCAGGACUGACUCAAGAAGAACUGAAAAAUAACUCACAAAUCAUGGCAAAAUCUUAAGUCACAUUUGUGAUAAGUCACUCUUGUAAUAUUUCUUAUCAAGCCAUAUCUACGGUGAAAUUCCAAUUUUGAAUUACAGUUCAAGCAGGUGGCUGUGUACGGAAGCGGUUUUUCUUUCGGGUGCAAUUCAGAAGUGAAUUUCUUCCUGUUUUGUCUGAUAUGAGAACAGUUUAAAAUAAAGUCGAAUGUGGUUCUUCAGUGUUAACGAGUUUUCCCAAAAAAUCUAGUGUCCAACUGUUUGACUUGAACAGUUUGAGCGUAAAAGGGCCAUUUAUCUAAGAAAGUGUAAAGGCCUCGAUUAAGAUAUUGUUUGAAAAUAAGGCCUUUUUUUUCUUCUCGUUUGCUGAAGUAAUUCUACAAAAUGAUGCUUUGGUGUCCCAAAAAUGAAUCUUUCUGUUUUCAACAAUUAACAGGAAGGUAAACGUUGAAAAAUUACAAAUUUGCCUGCUGCGGUCGACCGUUUGAGUUAUAAGUUCCUGUUUGCGUGCUAUCAAGUUGCCACAAACUCGGUUUCCUUUUGUUGCUCUUUGACAGCUCUCAGUUAAUUCGCUUUCUGUAUUUCCCGAACAAGACAAUCCUUCCCUUUUAAAGUUUUUUCAUCUCUUUUGUUGAUCUCCCAUUUUCUUCCUUUAUCCAGUCUUAAUCUCUGUCUUGAAAUCUGCUUCUUCAUUCAUUAUUUUUUUCAAUUCUAACAAUGAUGGAUGAUCCAAGUUAGGAACAUGGCGGUAAGAGUUGUUAUAGAACAGUUUCACGUCGGCCGUUAUCCCACAAACGACGUGUACAAGACAAUUACCGGAAAGCAUUUACGUAUGAAAAUUGAACUUACAUCGACAGUUUUACUACUUUGAGUUUCCUUUUCAAAAAAGCCGUUAAAGAUUAUGAGAUUCUGCGGCUUUAGAAUGGAUUAAAAUUCUCGUUAACUCAGUGCAUGAUAUCCCCCUUCAAGUGAUCGUCAGUCACCCAAUGCAAGAAUCACUUCGAUAAAUUCAAAAGUGACAGGAAAAGCAAGAAAAAAAACACAUCUAUUGAUAUCAACACAUUUUAGCUCAGUCGAAUACGACAAAAAGGUUUUAAUAGUUUUUUUUAUCUGCCGCAACUCACGAGAAACUUGAACUUGCCAAUUUAUUUCGAUGUUUUGUGAUUGAGCGAUUUCGAUUGAGUGACGCAAAACCAAAACCAAAACCAAAAAUAAUUCCAACGGCAAAUCAGGAGAAAGGAAAAUAAUUUAUAGAACGUGUGAGACCUUAAAGUAAAAGCAAGUAAACUGCCCAAUGCGCGGGAAAGCGCGGGCGACCGAGUCGUGAUUGGUCGAGAUAGUGGCGAAAAUUUUUGGACCAAUCACAAGCCAAUGUAAAGCAAAACCAUUGCAAUUCCGGACUACUUUCGACACUCAAUUAAAAUCAACUCGAGAUCUUUUUUGCAUCGAUUCCAGCAGAAUCAUAAGGGGGGGGGGAGGGGGGGCUUUUCUGGUCACUAUGUAUAAGGCAAAUAGGUUUAGUUAUCUGCAUCUCAUCUCGUGAAGAACUUUAUCUUCUCGCAUUUGCCCACCAAUUACAACUUUAUUCUACCGCAAUGGAGAGACGGGAAUUUUGGGUACCACAAAUUCUUAAUAACAAAAGCAAUAGUUAUCGUGGCUGAAAGCUUUACCAAGAUUUUAAGGAAUCGAAAGUGAUGAAACCCUCUUCGUUGCGUCGAAUUAGUAUAAUCCUCUGCACUGAAACUGUAAGAUAGUCAGUAAUUUUAUCUCUAUGAUCAUGUAAUGUAACCACAAUUUAAAAAAAAACCAAUGGAAUGAAAUUGAAAUAUUUUUAGAACAAAGAAUCCAGAUUGUUCAAACAAAACAUACAUGCGUACAUGGAUGAUAGCGUGCGAAAGCCAAGAAAGCGAGUUAAUGGCUUCGUAAUGGAUCUUCCGACUGUAAAUAACCGCCGACAAACCAGUGAAAUAUUAAUUGAGGGUUUCAUUAUCUGCAUUCACAAGUCCCAGGAUUCGCGGAAGAAACUUAAUUAAUAGGUGGCAGAUUGUGAUGUCGUGAGAGAUUUAGGUUUUUAAUUUACCCUUGAGUGUUCUUCAGUAAGUGCUUUUCCCGGCAUGGUCAAUUAUUAAACGGUCACUUAGAGAUAUUACAGGUGCCUAAAGGAUUUCACUUACUCACUAAUGUGCAUCUGUAAGUUAAGUUUUGACAUCGGCAUGAUUAAUUUGUCCAUCAUGGUCUCAGAUUUAAAUAUUGCGGUUGUUUUAAGGUUUUACAUUACGUAAAAACAGAAUUGAAGCAGAAAGACUGACGACCUCACAUUUUGCUUACAGCGUGGCAUCUUGAACUGAACGGCCGUAUCCUGCAAGGCUGAGUUCAAAUAUACUAAAGGGACAGUUGAAAGAGGAAAGGAGAAGAAAAAGAGGAGGAAAGAAAGAAAAGGGAAAGGGAACAGCCGGAUAUGGCAAAUGGUAACCGUUCAAAUUCAUCUUCAAACUCCCUUAGAGAAUUUUCUGACGAUUUCCGCAUUGGAACGGCCACAUUCACCAUUGUUCUCAUCUUGGCUACAGUAUUUGGAAACGGUCUCGUUGUUGUCGCCUUUUCACGCUUUGCACGCAUCCGUUCAGUGACAAACUACUUCGUUGUGUCAUUAGCGUGCUCUGAUCUCUGUGUGGCAUUAUUCUCUAUUCCUGUAUGGGUGGCAUAUCUCCUGACAGGACCCGUGUGGGUAUUUGGCGCAGAUUUGUCACGUGUUUGGACCAUGGUGGACAUCUUGAUAGGUACCGCGUCCAUCAUGAAUUUAAUGGCGAUCAGUUUUGAUCGGGUUCUUUCCAUCAUGACUACAAUGCGUUAUUCUGUCAUCAUGACUUCACGGAGAGCGAUUUUUAUCAUUUGCUGCGUUUGGAUCUAUUCUUCGUGCAUGGCCACUGCGAGCUUUUUUCUGUUCGCCAAGCGCAUUUUCAACCUCGUUGCCACGAUCAUGUGCUUCUGCGUUCCACUGCUGGUGAUAAUCACUGCAUACUCAAUUAUACUGAAAGUGGCGCUAUAUCACGUGAAACAAAUACACGCAACAACGCCUGCGCAGUACCCAAGGAGUCAUUGCAACUUUUUAAGGGAGCUCAAAGCAGCCAAGACUUUGGGAGUUGUUGUUGGCGCGUUUGUGGUAUGUUGGCUGCCAUUUGUUGUGAUAAACAUCAUUUACAGUUUAUGCGAGACACAACACUGUCUUCUGGUUAAUCCACAAGUCAUAUUGGUGACCAAGUGGAUGCAUUAUGGUAAUUCAAUGAUAAAUCCCAUUAUAUACACUGCCAUGAACAAUGACUUUCGGAAAGCUUUCAAGACUUUAAUUUUUGCAUCAGAUGCUACCCUGGAGGAUGAAAUACCGUAG